AUGGCAAAACCCAAGUCCAAAACCAAGGCCGCGGCGCAGACCACGACUUCGGCCGCCGCUGCUGCCCCGACCGCCACACUCGCCGCGCGGCGCUCGCGGUCUCUUCUCGCGCAAAGCUGUCGUUUUCUCGGCACCACCGCCGGCCUAGACCUGACUCUGCGUUUCUUCCACGGACUCGUCAUAAUUUCCGCCAAGGCCGCUGACGAGGCGGUGGCGACGCGAAGCUUCAUGGCGGCUUCACAGCUCAACCUCGCAAGGAGAUAUUUGAGAUUCUUUGUACUACUAGACUGCAUUCAAAACGUCCUCGACACCAUCAGCAAGGAAUACGCCUCACUCGCGUAUAAAACUUUCGAUCUAGUGGAAUGGAGCUGCCUGCUCUUGUACUUUGCCCUCGAAAACCUGACAAUGCUCCACGACAUGCAGAUUCACGUCGUGCCCUGGUACGCACCCGUCCUCGUCGAAGCCAACAAAUUCUGGUUCUACGCCAUUACCGCCUCCAUCCUCCGCACCAUCGCCCAGCGCAUCGGUCUCUUCCACAGCACCCGUACUCCUUUCUCGAAGCGGAGACAGCAACUUCCCCCGCCGCCGCCGCCGUGGAGACGCCUGGUCGUGGACGCGCUGGACCUAACCCUGCCUGCGUCGUUUGUCGGCUGGGUCGUGAUGGAUGACGUGACGAUUGGCUGCCUGAUGACGCUGAGCACGAUUCUGGCGUGGAGGGAUGUCUGGGGAAAAGCGCAGCAGUAG